CCUCCCAUUUGGGCGUACAUGCUCACACGGCAAGACGAUAAUUUUGAGAUUUUUUUGACGUCGACUGCAAGACUAGACAGUCGUUGGGCGAGACUGGCGGUCGGUGGUGGAGGUAAAGUUGAUUUCCCGUACACGCUGAUAACCGCAGGAGACCCGGCCCUCGCUCGCACCACGAGGCGGGACUUCUAACGCCCGCGGAUUAAUUCACUUCGCUGCCUCGGAAUCUCCGUUCUCCCGUGUCAUUCUAGACUCUAGGAGGAUGCAUAUGCCAGCCCUGUCAUUCUAACUGAAGCAGCGACUAGUGAGGAGGCCAGUGCUAGGCUUUCCUGUAGUGUCCGGGCGAAGAGUCAGCAACCGGUGGGUUUUUUGUGGUCAUGUGCGUGUGAAGUUGAUCACAAUCGGCAAGCCCGAAGGUGUGACGUGGGACGCGGAUGCCCCGCCCCCCGCGCUCUCUGAUUGGCCGAGCGGGUGUUGACGGACCAAUCAGUAUUGUUGGCGGGUGUCGGCCGCUGGUGUGGCGGUCAUGACUUGGUGGUCGCCAGUGUAGGUGCGAACGCGCGAUAGGAAGGCCGAGGACCUAUACGUCCCAAGUGUGAGACACCACGCCUCUCCCUCCUACACCUCCUGCUUGCCCAUUCAUCCCACAAGGCUGCGAUAUACCCUGGCCCUAUUACGUGCAAUCUGGAGGUUUUCGUGAGGAUAUAUGUGGUGGAGAAUCGGGAAAUAAAAGCACUUGUGUUAUUUUUCUAAAUCAUAGAAAGAUUUAAUCCAGUUUGAUUCGUGAAUAUUGUGUUUUUUGGUGACGCGAAGCGAAGUAGACGUUGGUGGUGGUGGUGGUGGACUAAUGUGUCGGUGCAGUGUUGGUGUACGGGAUGCAGGGGCGGUGAUGGUGUAGUGUGUGUAUAAGGCCCCUCAAGCACCUGCCCCAUGCGCUUCGACAAUUUGCAGGAGCCCCGCCAGCACGUGAAUUCCCCGCUCAGUUCCCCCCCUCCUCCUCUCACCCCUGUGGGCGUGGGCGGCAGCAUGGCAUACCACCCAUUCCUCCUCCAACGACCCACAGACUUCAGCGUCAACUCGCUCCUGACACAGUCGCCGCCGUACCUUCCGACGCUGGGCCUCCCUGCGGCCGCGGCGGCGGCUGCGGCAGCAGGCUCGCACAACCCAUACAGUCUCCUGCCGAAGUUCCCCGGGCCCAUGGGCCACCCGUUCACCACGGCCGAGGAUGUGCUGGCCCACUCGCACAUGCGGCCCAUCCGCUCGCUGGUGCCCGAGGAGGACGGCGUGGUGGACGACCCCAAGGUCACCCUCGAGUGCAAGGACCUGUGGGAGAAGUUCCACAAGUUGGGCACGGAGAUGGUCAUCACCAAGUCUGGCAGGCAAAUGUUUCCUCAGAUGAAGUUUCGAGUGUCAGGGCUAGACCCCAAAGCCAAGUACAUCCUUCUACUAGACAUCGUAGCGGCAGACGACUGUAGAUAUAAGUUCCAUAACAGACGUAUGUUCCCUGCCUACAAGGUCCGUGUCUCUGGCCUUGACAAAAAAGCAAAAUACAUCUUACUUAUGGACAUCGUGUCAGCUGAUGAUUGCCGCUAUAAAUUUCACAACAGCAGGUGGAUGGUUGCUGGCAAAGCCGACCCUGAGAUGCCGAAGCGGAUGUACAUUCAUCCAGACAGCCCAGCGACGGGUGAACAGUGGAUGCAAAAAGUUGUGUCUUUUCACAAGCUAAAACUCACGAAUAAUAUCUCCGACAAACACGGCUUUGGAGGGGCGGAAGCCAAGACCAUCCUCAACUCCAUGCACAAAUACCAGCCGAGGUUUCACUUGGUCCGAGCCAACGACAUCUUAAAACUCCCCUAUUCGACGUUUAGGACCUACGUCUUCAAGGAGACAGAGUUCAUCGCCGUCACAGCCUAUCAGAACGAGAAGAUUACCCAACUCAAGAUCGACAAUAACCCGUUCGCAAAAGGAUUCAGGGACACCGGGGCAGGCAAGAGAGAGAAGAAUUCUUCCUUUUGCAGAAACGUGAUCAUGACGCGGGCCAACGAAGAGCAGAAGGCGGACCACCAGAUCGCGCUGCCCAACAUCCGCAGCUACCCCGAGAACGCCGCCAUGGACUCCGAGAACCAUAAGGACAACGACGACGACGACGACGACGAGCGGCUGGACGUGGUGGGCACGACGGACUCCCACGGCGACCCUGCUCACGGCGAGCUGAUGGACUCGGACGUGUCGGGCGAGGAGACCAACAACAACGCCGCCGACGACUCGGGCCGCGACUCCGUCAAGCGGAAGAGCGACCUGGACUCCGACAUGGACGACGCCGGCAUGCUGGCGGCCCUGAAGAAGGCGGCGCCGGAGAAAGACGAGCCCUCGGGCUCGGGGGGCGCGGAGCCCACGCCCAACAUCAGCGUGGGGCCGCCCUUCCAGCCGCCGCACCUCCUGCCGUACCUGUACCCCCACGGGCUGUACCCCGGCGCAGCGCAGAGCCUGGCGGGCCUCCACGGCCUCAUGCUGCCCGGGGCCUCCAACUCCGGCCUCAACCCCCACGGCUUACAGCUACCUCUGCUAGGCACGGGCGCAGGGGCGCCGCCCCACGGCUCCUCCCCUCUCACUCCGCCGACCUCCCUCCCCGUGGCCCACAACCUCCUGCUGGCGCACAACCUGCUGGCGGGCGCCGGCCACCACCUCCUGGGCUCCCACAACUACCAAGGGCUGGCCGGCCUCGCGGUCUCGUCCGGCGGCGGCAGCGGCACGGCAAGCGGCUCCCUCAGCGCCGCGCCGCCCACGUCGUCCUCGCCGGCCGCGCCCUCGCCGCUGCUGCCCGACCGCCUCAAGCCGCCUCGCUUCACGCCCUACCUGCCCUCGUCCACGGCCGCCUCCCUCUCGUCCAUGCUGUCCUCCUCGCUCUCCUCGUCGUUGUCGUCGUCCUGCAUCACGCCCACGCUCUCGUCCUCGCUGAUCGGAGAGGCGCCCCUCGGCGGCUCCUCGGCCUUCCAGGCCGUGAGCCCCAAGGCGGGCUCCCGCCUGGAGGAGGGCGUCCGCCGCUCCGCCGCCCACGCAGCGAACGUCGCGUCGGAACUCAAAUCGAUCGAAAAGAUGGUGAACGGCUUAGAUCGGCGUCCGGACUUACCGGACCCUCUGAAACUCUCUGACAAGUGAGGGCGGGCCCCCAGGGCCGCCUCCGCUCACCUGCACACCCACCUCGUGGCCGUCAACGCCCUGAGCGGUGGAUCCGUCUGCUCCUCCAGCCCCCUCUAGCCCUCUCCCUCCCGCCGCUGCCCCCUCGCGACGGGCCGGCGGCCGUGACCCGGGCCGCGGGGCAGACGGGAGGCCAGGUCAGCCGGAGGGCGGGCCACGGAAGGCCAGGAGAGCCCGGGCGGGUCACCGGGCCUCUCUCGCCAAUCAAAAUGCUACCAGUGCAAAUAAAUAUUCGUGGGCGACCCCAAGACGUGCACAAAGCUCCGGAAGCACGGUGUGUCAUGGUCGACACUGUGUUGUAUAUUGCACGUGUAAAUAGUCCGUAAACUACUUGUUAGUAGAGCGUAUACCAAAGAGCGGACCGACAGCAGCUGUUUGCGGGUGUAUGUCUGUGCGUGUACAUGUGUGCGUGUGCACCAUGAUCGCGUUGUGCGUGUAUAAUGUCAAGUAUACAGACUAAGUUUAGCAACGUGAAGUCAUGGCAGCGCCCACGAUAUAUAAAGUAUAGACAAAUGUAAAGUUUGUGUUGGACCUCCCAGUGCUGGCGCGCCGGUCUUCCUGGACAAAAAUGUAUCUGGAAAAAAAAAAUAUACGAAAAAAUUAAUAAUCACAAAACCGAACCCUCGAGAGGUUUCCGCGGAAGCCACCAGUGAUAGUCGUGCUGACCCGUGUGUUGAGGAACCUGACUGACUGUGAACUCGAAAAGUGUCUUUGUGUGAGGCAAGGAAAAGCUUUUGACUGGUGUGCGCGUAACCCAAACCUGUCUUACCUCAUAACCGCCACCCCAGGCCGGUGUAGCUGACGGGGGCCCGGACUUAGGCCUCUGGAGGAUGUCAUAAACUAACCAUUAAAGAUUCUUAAAAAAUAAUAAAAAUACAUAAAUAAUAAUAAUAAUAAAAAAUCCAGUGAACUCUACGUAAGGUAGUUUUCUCAGCGCGCCGCUAGAGGGCCGCUGUAAUGGAAAUACUAUGGUGCUUUGUUUUCUCUGGGUGUUUUCUUAUUUUCAUUCUAAUAGACUGCCUACAAUAAAAAGAACUUUGAAGAGAGGAGCAUCGUGAAUAUAUUUAACAUUCGUGUACAGGAGAAAGCUUAUGAAAUGGAAAUUAUGACUUGUCUGAGAAUAGAUGGUGUGGAAAAAAAAAUGUCGGUUAUUACUUGAGUGUAUGUGGGGUUAAAACAAAAUGAACCUAGUUCUUAGAUACCAUUAAAAGAAUGAUGCUAAUAAUCAUGUUUUUCAUUUUUUUUAUUCAAGUUUAAAAAAAAAAAAAAUCAUCAAUACGUUUGUUUUUUCGACCGUGGGUCAAAAUCCCUUACUAAACCAUCCAGCAUUUAUUAAACCUCCUGCAUCAGCCUCCAUGGACCAAGAUUACCUGCUGUAACAAUAGGAUCACCGCCCUUAUCGACAUCAAGCGCCAUGACGGAGGAUAUUUGGUAUUCAACUUUCGUGGUAAACAUUUUUUUUUUUUUAAUAUCAAGUAGCAUAAGAAUAAGAAUAAAAAAGACCAUUAUAAGCCUACUUAAAGAGACCCACAAUUUAAGAUUUUUUUCUGAUUAAAAAAAAAAAUUAUGAUGAAUUAGUUCAAAACAGAGAUUUAAAUAUCAAAGGGCGGCUGAUCCCGAGGUAAAAAAACAAACAAACAUUUAUACAUUUAAAAACCACAUCACCAACCAGCCUAAAAUAAACUCUAGGCCGACCAUCUAAUUCAACAAGUGAUUAAUUCAUUACAGAUUUGGAAAUGAUUCUCUGAAAUGAUUUUUUUUUUUCAUCACAUUACUAAAAUAAUAAUGAUAUACAAAAUAAACAGACAGUUUUAAAACAAUAAAAACUGCAGCAUUGUUUAUAGAACCGCAGCCCGAUGAUAUCAACAAUUACGAGAAAAUAAAAUGAAACAAGAAAAAUAAAGAGAAAAGAAAAGAGAGAAAAAAAAUAAACACGAAGAUUUCAAACAAAACAGAAAAAAACAAACAAAUAAAUACUUAAAAAAAAAAAAAAACACAUUAUUUUCACAAAGCAAAGAUUCUUGUUAAGGAUAUUUUGCACAAUUAUUUUGAUAUACCUUGGCGCUGUCGGUACUGUGACCCUCGCAAUAUGAUAAUUCCUUUAUUUUUUUCCCCCUUCUGUGUAAUUUCCUCGGCUUGGUCAGGAGGGCAGCGCGAGCGACCUUGGGGCACCGUUGGUAUAAAAAAAAAAAUAAUGAAUAGAUAAAAAAUGCCUCGGGUGAAUUUGUUCUGUUUUUUUGUGGGGAUAUUGUUAGUUAUGAUUCGUAAUGGAUAUUAUUGGUAUUAUGAUUAUCAUUGUUAUUAUCAUUAUUCGUAGUGUGAUUAUUAUUAUCAUUGGUUAUCGUUGAUGAUUAUUAUUAUUAUUAUUAUUUUCAUUUUUUUUAUUAAUUUAUCUGCAUUUUCAACUAUUACAAGUGUUAUUAAUAUUUUCCCCUCCAGAUGUCUCACUUUCUUUCUUACACUUUCGUCAAGAAAUUUUCUUCUCGUUAAAAAAAAGCACGAAUAUUUUUUUUUCAGUCUACAAAGAAAUGCAAAUUACCUUCCCUGUCUAUCGUAUCUAUCUAUCUGUCUAUCUCGUUUUAUCUUUUAAUGGCCCAGUGAUAUUAUGUAUAUAAUAUAUGUCCUUCGUAUGAUUUUGGACGAAUUUUCAAUAUUGUGAAUUAAUGUGAUAAAUUUCUUAGCAAAUUACUCAAUCGGACAUUCUGAAUAUCUUUAUUAUCAUUAAUUAUUAUUAUUAUUAUUAUUAUUAUUAUUAUCACUAUUACUAUAUUUUUUUCAUGACUAAGUGCUGCCCUCUGUACACCAAUGCUAUAACUAGUAACCCAUGUCCAUUUGUUGCUGUUUUUUUUCCAAAAAAAAAUAAAACACAAAACAUCUUGUCGUGAUAACGCUGUUUGAUUAUUGGCUAAGACACUCGAUAACGGCGACAGAGAUGAUAAUGAUAACGAAUGAUGAUGAUGAUGAUGAUGAUGAUAACGAUGAUAAAAAUCACCUUUCCCGAUUGGCUGCCUGAUAAACCCCCCCCUGAGAUGUAAUUGAAGAAAUAGAUAGAAAGAGAGAGAGAGAGAGAGAGAGAGAGAAGGAGAGAGAGAGAGAAUGGGGAAAGGGGGGGGGGAGGGAGGGAGAUGAGAGAGAGAGAAAUUAUAGGUUGGAGUGUCUGUUUCUCAGCCAGUUGUUGCAGCGCUCAGAUCGACAAGAAUCCUAGUGUUGUUCACUCGACACAUGCCCAGUGUCGUCGAGGCAAAAAUAAUUAAAAUAAAUAAAUAAAAAAAACACAAAAAAAUAUAUAAAAAAAAGAGAACUCGCGGUUUGUUCAAGAAUGUUCAACCAUGACCGGGGUUUUUCAUCCCAUAUAUAAUUUUUCCCCCCUCAGUAAUGACACUUUUUCUAUUAACAUUACCAUUGUUAUUAUUUCUUUCGUGCCCGCGAAUCCACCAGUCACACGUCAUCCGAUUAAGGUAGUGGUGACCUAAUAACGUCGAUAUUAAAAAAAAAAAAAAGAAAGAAAAAAAAACAUGGAUAAAAAUAAAAGAAAUGGCCACUAUCCUCUUCCUCAUGUCUCAUCUCAUAACAUGUAUAUUCAUCCUCAUGUCAUUUUUCUCAUUACCUGGUCAUGUCGGCAUGCGUAUCUCGGGAGACACGUAUGGGUCGCGGUGUAUGGGACAAGAAAAAAAAAGAAAGAAAAAGAAAGGAAAAAAAAAAAGUUUAGACUUGUAUCCAUAUGUGUCCUUAUUUUCCAUAGGCACUUGAUUGAGUCUUAUACAUUUUUUUUUUCCUUUUCCUUUCUUUUCCUUUUUUUUCGCCCCCCCUCGCCGAUGACUCUCCCCGCGUCUCUCAGUGAUCGCACGUUUCUUCUCAGCUGGACACGUGAUUCCUCGCGGACACGUGCGUCUUAUUUAGUGGACACGUGAGCUCCCCGUGGAGGCGUGUUUCUCAGUGGAUGGCGAUGUUAUGCACACCCGUGUUUUAAGGCGCGUUCUGAAGGUGAGGUUUAAUCUUCGUUUCAGACACCAAAAACCCCUUCCUUUUGUUGUGAUAAGAGAGAGCCUGUUAAUAACCCUGUGCUUUGUUAUGGAAAACGAUAUAUAUAUGUUUUUUUUUUCCUACUUACUCUUCUAUUUUUUUUUAUUUCUUCUUCAUAGAUAUUAGAUAACUGGAUUAAAACGUUAGCAAUAAAAAGCUUGAUUUUAAAGAAAAGAGAAAAAAUUGAAAAGAGAAGCAUUUAAGUCUUCACGGGAAAUUAAGACAAAAAAUAAAAAUUGAAAAAAAAAAGUUUGAAACGAAUUUUAUUCCUUACUUAAGGGAAGCGCCUACAAUUACGUGGAAAACGUCGGCGGUAAGCAUCUUUGAGAAUAGAAUAUUGAUAAUAUUACUUAAUAGUAAUGUGUAUUUAUUUGGCUAUUCUGAUGUACAUAAUAAUUAUGUUCUGGUCAUGUCUGUAUUGUAUGAAAAUAUACUCUUUUUGAAGAA